AUGAAAAAAACCUUUUCUUACAACUUUCUACCAACCAAGGCUGAAGAGGAAGCAGCAGUUGCUUGCAACAAGCCACAUCAAGUUACUCGAACCCUAGUGGAAAUAACAGAUAUAUACCUAGCCCAAUCCCUAUGCACGGACCCCAAGAAUCCAUGGAAGAUCAGGAAGUGUAUUACAAGCAAAGAAAUUUUGACUGGAAAAAUUUUAAUAUCGCAUGAAGACAUGUUUGAGCAUGUUUUUAGGUAUUGGACACUGGAAAUGGCUAAACAUGUCAUCUUGGGGAAUACAAGUAUGGUCAUCUUGAUUGACUAUAGUGGAAAACGUUUUAAGACUGGGGAUGCAUACGUGAAGAAUGGACCGAUUAGAGACACUUAUGUAGUUGGUUUUAUGGAUGUGAUUCGAAUGCAGGGGCUGAAUCCAGGAGAUGAAAUUGGGAUUUUCUGGGAUAGGAGAGGUGGAACUUUUGGAUUCAAGCUUUUGGGACGAGGAGAUUCUGUCAAUUAA